AUGCUGCGCGAUGCCUCCCUAGAGGUCGAGCGGCAAAUCCGGCACGAACUGGACAGGGACCACAGCGACUACUACGCGGGCAAGCUUGAAGAGGCCGCACAGCGAGGGCCAGACGAGAUCAUGACAACGGACGACGACCCGAAAAGGGACCUCAUCUUUGAGGGACGCCGCGUGCUCGACACAGUGAGACAGGCCGCGGUCAAGGCAAACUCCAGGCGGCAGGCAAACAUUCCAAUGAUGGAGUGGAUCCUGCGGCAGACGGGCUCUCCCUCGGCGACCGCAAGUCCACUAGGCGAGGGGGAAGACUGGGUGGAAGCGGCGAUCAAUGAGGAAAUCUUUGCCGACGCGCUCGACACGUGCAGAGCGAAGCAGAGCGCGGGGAGCGAUGGGUGGCAGUGCAUCCUGCUGAGGUGGGCCCCUCGGUGGCUCCAAGAGGCAUAUCGGCAGUCGCUAGCCCAGGUCGUCCGCGAGAGACGAUACCCUCCCGAAUGGAGGGAGUGGUUUGUGACCAUGAUCCCGAAGGCGAAGCGGGAUCCGUCCCUCUUCAAGAACCUUAGGGACAUCUGGCUGGUGCCGCACGGCUGGAAGAUCGUCACUGCCUGUUUCUCGGCGGAGUACAAGAGGGUCAACGCCGAAACCCAGCCCCAUGCGGCCCACGGCUUUAGACAGCUCCGGAAUGCAGCGCAGGCGAGCCUUGUGGUCAAACUGCAGACCGAGGAGGCGGCCAUACUGUGCCAGCCGCUGGUUCGGAUGUACUUUGACCUGGAAGGGUUCUUCAUGGGGGUCGUCAGAGCGGUUCUCCUGGAGCUCGAGAAGAGGAUAGGCGUCUUCCCGGAAGUGACGGAGGCCAUGCAGGCGCUACAGGGUGAGGCGCAAGGGAGGAUCAUAACGGCGCACGGCGCAACCGGGGGCUUUCCCGUCCCGGACGGCACAGGACAGGGCUGCAAAGUGGGGCCGGACAGAGCACUUCUUACCCUACUCCCCGUCAUCUCCAUGAUGAACCGCAACGUCCAGGGGCACCGGCUCCUCACCAGGGGGGCAGCGGGCAGAGAGGGGAUUCGACAGACGUGGUUCGCAGACGACUCCACGUUCUACCCGAUUGAUCCCUUCAUGGGGCAAGUGCUCGUAGCACACAUGAGACCUCGGACCCGUACGUUCUACGUACUGUACCCGUGCCACUUGCCUCACUUGGCCGGUGGCACUGCCACUUCGAGCAGAGCACGUACAGAGGAGCGGUGA